AUGAAUAAUUAACCUGUGUAUAUGUCUGUUGAGUAAAUAAAUGCUUUGUUUUAGAGGGAUUCAACUUAUGAAAUUAGAGAUGAUCGUAUUAAUUCGUUUUAAAAUGAUAUUAAGAAAAAUGAAGUAAUGAAAUUAAGUAUGUUAAGAUUUGGAAGUCUGAAGGUGCUGAAUGUGAAGAAAAUAGGCCUACUAAUUAAAGUGAGAGUAUGAUGAUGAGUAAGAAUUAUUUUGGUUUAAGUUUUUAAGUAACUAGAGAGGAGUAUUAGAGUUUGUAAUAGGAAUAUGAGAGACGUAAAGAUAUGGAGGAGAAAUAUAAGGAGGAUAUAAAUAAAUUAAUGAAAGAACUUAAAUAGAAGAGUGGAGAACUGGAGAGUGUAAAAAGAGAUUAAGAUUUAUUAUUUGAAUAGAAUUAAAGAAGAGAAUGUAUUGAAUUUAUAUUAAAUGGAAAGAAAUACUCUAGAAUUUGAGAUAAUAAAUUUAAGAAGCAAAUAAUCGAGAACAGAAGGCUGUUAUUGAAUUGGCUGAGAUGUAGGAGUAACAUUUGUAGAUGAAAUAGUAAUUGGAAAUAGUUUAGCAGAAGUAUAACUAUUUGUAGAAACAAUACAAAUUUGAAAUAGAUAGAAAAGAAAAAUAAAUUGAUUAAUUCAAGAGUUAAAUAAUAUCUUUGAAUGAAGAUAAUGAAAAACUUAAAAAUGAACAUUAGGCUGGGAUUCUCUAUCUCGAUUCUUAGAGGGUGUCAUAGGAAAAGAUUUAAAAUUAAUGGACAUAAUUUAAUUCGAGUGCUUAUAAGAGUAGUAUUUAAUUCCAAAAGGAAAAACCAAUUACUUAGAUUUAGUUUAAGAGUAAUUAUGAUUCCAAACUAAUUUUCGGAAAAAAGUCUCAAAAUUCAUUAAAAUAACAAUAAUCCUAAUCCGAUAUGUAGUUGAAAGGAUAAUGA